CAACGAAAGACGGCGAACCACACAACACCUCCGCGGCAGGUCCAGAUGGACUUCGAUAGCUUAUGCCGCUUCCGGACGUCUAUCUGCGAGACCCAGCUCAAGUGAGUGACGCAGGAGAAACAGCAAACCGCGCAUCUUUGCACAUCUGCCUUGCUCCUCCUUGUCCCGUAGGCACGGCGACUGUAAGCAAUCUUCCCCUGCUCACGACACCGCGCUUGAUAGGGGCAGGAUGGGAUUGUUGUGCUGCGUGUGACGACUGUCAGGCCUGAUGAAGGACCGGUGCGUGUACUCCCACUGCUUGAGCUGGAAGCGGCGGAAUCCGAAGGAGUACCCUUACAGAUCUCAGCUAUGCCCCAACGUGCUGUUUCAGACUGAGAAGGGCAAGAUGCGGGUCAAGAACUUCUGUCGACGUGGGAGAAUGUGUAUGUACUCUCACUCAAAGGAAGAACAGGUGAGGAGGUGCAAAGAGACGACUCACACUGUAGCGGCGUCCUGGAUGCGUGUUGUGUUGCUAUGAUACAUGCGUCGUCAGAUGUUCCAUCCGCUGACAUACAAGACGAAGCUCUGCAGAGACUUCAUGUCGUCGGGGGCAUGUCCAAGGUGAGCAAACGACGUGCUCCGGGGCGGUACAAACACCUGCACUUACGUUGAGUCACAGAUAUUUCUGCCCGUUUGCUCAUGGCGACCAAGAACUGCGCGUCAACGUAGACUUCAAGUAAACCGACACACCCUUCGAACACACAGAUGCAACGUUGGUCUACGUCGCUGAUGUGUUCUUAUUUGCAGAGUGCUUCAGGGUCCCGAGUGAGUGACACAGUCCUCCAGAAAACAUCCAACUGUCAUCUUGGUAUCUCGCUCUUGUGUCACGUUGUACAGAGUGUUGGAUUUGCCACCUAUGGAGGUCCAGAACACGGCUGACUCAUCCAACAUGGCGUCACGAGGGAUCCCUCAGACGGCGUCACCAUUCCAUCGCAGUCAGAGCCUCAACACUAUCUCAGCGUGCGAUGGAGCUGCUACGAGACCGAGGGCGGUGAGUGACCUUGGCAAUUCGUCGUUCACCGCAGUCCCGUCCCCAUCCCUGGCGGCGUCUGCACGCCCUACUCCGCUAGCAGCACCUUCUUUGCCGGCUGACCUCGCCUUGCAGCGUGCCGCUUCUGAUUGCAAGUGCGACUAUUCAGCCCCUGCAAUGCAGAAUCUGUCAGCACAGUCCGCGCCGCUGAGUGUGGGAUUCCCACCAUCACUUGGCUUCGGGUACGGGAAUACAUUAACUGCACGCACAAAUGGAAUGGAUUGGACGCACGCUCCGUCGGUCAGAUGGGGUGUGGGCGCUGGUUGGUCUCCCGUCGUGAAGCCACUUCCUCAGCCGAAAGAGCGGCGUGACAUCCAAGUUGACAACACAGAUCCUGGACGCAGCCCUCGUUCUUCGUCGCCGUCGUCUCCCUAUCCCGCCACGCAGCUAGGCUCAGACCUAGACCGUGGAGAACGACACGGCUCGGACUCGUCAACGGUGUUCUCUGAUUGGAAACCGCCGGGGUGGGCGCCUGGCGCUCAGGACGUCAAGGUCAGCCACAGGAAGAAGCUGUACGAGCGGGCAAUUCGGGAUGACGGGGGCAUGAGGAUGCUGCUCACCAAGCAACCCGAACCGAAUCACCUGAAGACGUCGUCAUCGCUCCCAUCUCUUGGUAUGCUCGCAUCCUUUCCCACAGUGAAUGGGAUGCGUUGCAGUGACCUGCUUGCUGUCGAUCUGUCUUGUGUUGUAGCCGCUCGCGAGCUUCUAGACGCAUCGGAGGGCGACAAGGGAGAGGCGAUUUCCCAUCGGUCCAUUCCACUUUUCUUCACGCCAUUCGACCGGGAGUCAUAGCGGGUGUCUGACAUGAGUAUCGGUACGGCGCGGCAAGUGCCGAAACAUUUUUCUGUUCGUGACGGUGUUCCGUGACUCUUUCUGUGGAAGUUGAUUGAUGGACAGCAUAACAUGGGGAAAAGUCGCUGGUGUUAGGGCCAAACAGCACUCUUGCAG